AUGUUUUCUGUCGCUGGACCCGUACCCAUCUUCAGCGACCGGACAUGGGAUUUCAGGCCCGCGGUCCCCUCGCCUCUUUCUUCGUCGCCCAUCCGCGCGUCAUCACCACUUUCGCCCAUCAAUGACAACACCGUACGACACACACAAUCAUCGCCUAUCCCUCAACCAAAGUUCAAGUAUGCAUCAAGAGCUACGAGACCGAAUCCGAUAGUCCGGAAACGCGAAGAGGCACAGGAGAGCAGGCGGCAGCAGUUCCUCCAAAACGUGAGGCAGCGCGCGGACGACCGUCAAUACCAGCGACGAGAUAUGGAGGGCACUCUUCUCAAGUCUGAUUGGGAUCGCGACAUGCGGCAACGGCAUUAUGCUAAGCAAAUGGAAGGCAACGCGAUAUUCUCCGAAGCAGAUAUUGAGGACGCGGCAUCGGUCCUUCAAGAGCGCGCGCAACGCAUCCCCGAUGAUGCUGACGACAUGAUGGUUGAUGCCAUUGCCCAGGAGGAGCAGGACGAGCUCGAUGCGUUACUGCUGUCCUACGAUCAGUCAUCUGACGCGCAGCCCGAAUCUGGCUCCUCACAAACGAUGCAAUCAGACCCCUAUGGCCUGUCGGACGACGAGGAUUAUGGUUCAUUAUUCAUGAAUUUGGUAUCACAGGAAAGCAGUCAGCAAGACGCGUCCUCACAGGAUGUGGACAUGUCUUGA